CAGACGAGUAUUGAAGAAUGGAUUGUCACUAAAGCCAUGGGUAGAAAACGAGACGAUGUCUUCGUAUAUCCAUAUAAUAUAGGCAUUUGGGGUAAUAUUAAGCAAGUUUUGUUUGAACCAAUCCAUAACGGCAUUGAAUGGCCGGUUAUCGAUGGCUGCAAUCAAUACACACUUACCGUUGAACAACUUGUGCAGAAAGAAGAAAAGCGGAACCGUUCGGUGACGUGUGUGGCAAUAGAGGAUUAUAACGGUUCGUGGUUUCCCAUAUCCAAAGGCUGGCGAAUAUGCACUUCAUUCCCAUUGACUGAUGAGCCGCGGAUUGGCGUCACUCGUGGUGACCAUAUUCUGGUGACGCGAUGGAAAAAGCACUGGCUUUAUGGCGAAAAACUCAAAACAGAGGCUCAAAAGCGAGAGCGCGGGUGGUUUCCCAGACGGCUCGUGGUUCAGGUGCACACCGCUAAGUAAAUAGUUAAGAAUCCGUAUGACGUGAGCAAUGAGAAGAGUACUCUAAGCCAUGUCCUGUCGGGUAGGAGUGCUUUAGUGGUCGCGCAAAACAAAAUGGACCCGAAGUUAAAGAUUACGGAACCGAAAGCACUGAACAUUAUUCUGUUAUAG